ACUCGCAGUUCUUCAUCACAGCCAUGUGGCCUCCGGUUCUUUUGUGCCUUCUCCUAGUAGCCGCUCCUGUGCUCAGUGAAGAGAGCAAGUAUGAAUUUAAAAAGUCGUUUUCGAAAAACUGUGAUAGUUCUUACACGUUAACGUGCUUCAAGUUGGACGUUGUUUCGUGGGUGGAAAAACUCAAUGAAGAAGACUCCUACAAUCUGCUGCCUGGCGUUUCAUUAGUGCGUGAAAAUGAUACUUCCAAAGCGACCACAGCUGAUACAGUAGCUGAUUUGGCAAGGGAGUUUCCAAACGAUCCAGAGUCUCGCCUGGAUGUAUUUUUGAUGCGGAAAGUUUCCAAGUUUAUGAACAACCAUUCGAUUAAGCUGAAGCUGUGGAGCGAAAACAGCAUUGAUGGAGCGACUGCCCGUGGUGGAGGUGGCGGUGGAGGCGGAGGCGGCAAAGGAAGCAAAGGAGGCGGCGGUGGAGGAAUGGGCUACCUUUUAGCUGCGGGCGCUAUGAUGAAGGGCACACUGAUGGCAAUUGCUUUGGGAGCUUUAGCAGCCCUGGCAGGUAAAGCGCUAAUGGCAGCGCUCUUGUCUUUGGUACUGUCAGCGAUCGCAGCCCUCAAAGGCUCGGGAGGAGGAGGCGGAAAAACUACCUACGAAGUUGUGGCUAAGCCUGUAUAUAGUCAAUCUCACUCACACUCGUCAGCUCAUGAGGAUUAUGGCGGAGGGCACUCGGGUUAUGGAAGAAGCUUCGACCAUCAGCCUUUGCCUUUGGGGUUGCAGCCGGAUUACAAACCAGGCAAAUAGCUUGAAGGGGGGUUUUAGUAAAAUAUUAUUUAUUUUAUUUAUUGUUGUUGAAAAUAAAAAAAAUUAUUGUUGUUACUA